AGCGUUUUUCACACCCUCCAUCAUCACGCCCAUGGUGUCCUGACCUGACCGACUUGUAGCCCCGGCUCAAUCCGCUCCCCGCGUCUCCCCUCAAAAACACUGUCACCUGUCAGAAGGUUUACUUGUGAUCGCAUCUCCUUGCCUUCUGCGUCGAUCCGCUGGUGGCGCCUCCGCAGAGAACGCCUGCACGCCUGCAACCCUUUGUACCGCCGCCUAGAGCCUCUCGCCUGCACGCUGCACGCUGCACGCCUCACACCUAAUCGCGCAUCCCUCCGUAUCAAAAACCCCGCAGCUCCUCGCAUUGCGCCACCGAUCCGACAAGAAAUUCGGACUUGUUUCUUCCUCACCUCGACAUCUUACCUCUAGAGAUACACUGUUGAUACAUUCGCCAUGACGCGUAGAAUUGUAUAUGGUGUGGGGCUCAUCCUCACACUGGCCUGCACCAUCAUGACCAUCGCCAGUAUCUCUAUGCCGCGAUGGGUCAGCUACAGUCCCAACGGCGAGCGCGAAUACUCGUACGGCCUGCACAGUCGCUGCUCCGCCGUCACAGGCACCUGCGUUCCCUUUCCCAAGAUGAGCGACUGCACAAAGGACCCGUCCUUCUGCAAUAUGUGGAGGACCGUCGGUUUCCUGACAUCUUUUGGCGUCGUCGUUGAGCUAUGCGCCAUCGUAUCCUUCAUUGUCAUCAUCUCUGGUGGGGUGCAACGCAGGGCCGCAGGCUGGCAGGUGGCCGUUGGCGUACUUUCCUUCAGCGCCAUCGUCCAGUGCGCCGGCAUGGCCAUAGUGGCAUUCCUCUUCGACAACGACGACCGCUUCUGGAAGGGCUGGCACCUUGACCUCUCGUGGUCUCUCUGCACCGCCAGCUGGACCAUCCUCUUCCUGACUUCCGUCGGCAUCGCCGUCUCCGCCUUCUACCUCCCCGUCGAAGGCGACUACGAGCUCAUUCCCGAAGAAUACUACGGGCCGCCAGACGAUCGGCUUCUUUCGCGCAUUUCCGCUUGGGACAACGGGUUCAAGGGCCCUGGCGAGGGUAUGCAGUAUAGCUACCAGAGGGAUCAGGAUAGCAUGAGCGAUGUUGUUAGUAUUGCGGCGAGCAGUAUUGCACCGAGUAAUAGGAGAGAGAGCAGUGUUGCCCCGAGUAAUAGGAGGGAAAGUGAUGCUAGGAGAUGAGACGAUGGACGCGAUUCGAUCACGAGACGAUGACCCUGCGGAUAUACUUAUAAUGUGGAUGUGGUCGGUUGGUUGUUUGGGGUGGGGACUUUGGAAACGGGUGGCAUAUCUGUCUAUCACUUUGGCGCUAGAUUGCGAUUUUUUUUGUGAGCAUGUCUUUGUUCUCGUCUUGCUGUUGGGUUGGAUUUUGUUCUUGUUUUUUGGUCUACGAUACCCCCUGCCAUCCACCGGUGGUUGGGCAUAUAUCUUCUCAGCUGGUUUGGUAUAAGAUAUCCAAAACUUGCAAUCAAUCUAUCAAUCUACUCCUUCAUCUUGCUCUGUA